CGUUAGCCGAUCACUCGUCAUUUGUUCGAUUGUCUGCUUCAAGAGAACCACCACAGUUCUUCAAAAUAAUUCUGCGAAGAGGGUAUCCAAGGCUGUCUCUUUAAAAACUAGUUAUAUGAAAUGACAAGCACGACGAAUGCGACCAUCUUGCCUCGACGAUUACAGCAAGCCCCACCCCAAGGGCAACCACGUCUAGCACCAUAUAAGCAGCAGCAAUUACAAUCUUCAGUCGCUGAUGUUUCAUCCACCUCGAACGCUGGAGCUACGACCGCCGACUCUGAAGAAACCGCGUCUGGAACUGGGGAAGCCGCUGGUGAUGGUGGCAAGAAGAAGAAGACGACGAAAAGGAGAAAAGUCAAUCACGCUUGCUUGUAUUGCAGAAGGAGCCAUAUGACGUGCGAUGAUGGAAGGCCUUGUCAGCGAUGUAUUAAACGCGAAAUAGGGCACCUCUGUCACGACGAACGAAGAUCGAGACCAAAUGAAAAAGCUGAGCAAUCAGAGGAUGCUUCGCCUACGACUGUAUCAACCACAGCGACAAUACCAGGUCCCUCUGGAACCGUGAGCUACUCUUCACUAUACAACGCUCCAACACAAACACAAAGCUACGUCUCUUCGAGUGCGACAUGGCCGACAAGUGUGAAUUCUCAAACCUCCAGUUUCUUGUAUCGGCCCGAUAUUGGAAACGAGUUCUCUGUUUUGACGGAUUUCCUUGAAACCCUCGACGAUUCCUCUUUCUUUGCAGCACCAAGCACUGUCGCUCCAUCACUCAUGUCUACUCCGGCUACCAAUGGAUUUGGAGGGCCCAAUGCUUUCAGUAACUUCAACGCUGCUCUAACGCCUAUCACACAACCGAGCUCUUCCUCGACAUCACCCGUACAAUCUCAACCUCUCCCACAAUCCCAGUCGGCCUUACAACCGCAGUCAACCACAGAGAGUUCUACAAGCCCCGAAAACAAGUCAUCUUCCUCCCCAGCUCCUCCCCUUCCUUCUGACUCGUUGACCAAAACCGAGAAGUUCCUGCUAACAGCAGCGGAUCAAGAGGAUGGUUCUCGCGAUGAACGACUCAAUCGUGUCAUCCGAAGUAAAUAUGAGGCUGGUCUCUUAAAGCCGUAUAAUUACGUGAAGGGAUACGCAAGGUUGAGUCGGUGGAUGGACAGAAACGUUUCGCAAGAGUCCAAACACCAAAUACUCCAACCGUUAUCGGUUCUUCGCCCCAAAUUCCGAGCAGUUGCCCAGUCAUUACGGGAUAUGGACUUGGUUCUCAUUGAAGAAGCUUUCGAACGACUUCUCCUCGAUUACGACCGUGUCUUUUCUGCAAUGGGUGUUCCAGCAUGCCUCUGGAGACGGACUGGAGAGAUAUAUAAGGCGAAUAGAGAAUUUUGUGAACUGGUUGGGGUUCAGGGCGCUUUAAUGAGGGAGGUGAGUGUCGUACGCGUUGGAAAAAAUGUCCUUUUUGGCUAUGUUAUCGACCCCUGGGACCCGGAGGCAAAGCGUCUGGCGAUUGUCGAUUUGCUUUGCAAGAUCGCCAAGUAGCACUUUCCGUGGACGACGGAGAUGAAUCUCACUAUCUACCCGCCUUCAUCUUCUACCCUCGUGGACCGAGUGGGAAUAAAUGGGGAAAUUACAUGUUGGUCGGAUCUCUGAACCACCUUCUCUUUGACACCUGAAUCUUUUGCUGCCUUCAUUUUUCAUCUUCUUCGAUCUCACUUUCUCACCCUGCAUCUGGAUGGGAUCUAAUCUAUCGCAGGGACGAUUAUGUAUCUACGAACUCAUGGCAGAGGAAAGCGCAGUCAAUUACUGGGAGAAAUACGGUCACGUUGCGUUUGAUUCCACCCAGAAAGCUGUUCUUACGUCUUGUGUGUUGCGGUACAAGCCACAGCUCGCCAACUUGACUCAAACCCAGACUCUGAUUACUCGAGGUGUUGGGAGCACUCCGAAAGGAAGUGAUAGUAGCACCGUUAGUACGACGACAGCGGCUAUGGAAGAGGGUCUCGUCAACUGCUGUUUCUCGUUUACGAUUAGGAGGGACAAGUGGGGGAUUCCGACUAUGAUUGUCGGCAACUUUAUCAGGUGCUGACAGACCAUAGUCACCGAGUCACCGAUCGCACAAACAACGUGUAGUACAAGAACGUGCUCAUCUUCAGGAAGAUUGUACACGAGUAUACCCUUUUCUACAUACAUCUACAUCUUGUUUGGGCAAACAUCUGUCGAUUGAUCUCUCGGACAUCAGGACACCAAC